CUCCAUCCAUAUGGAAAAACCACUCCGUUGAUCUUUCUGUUUUUCUGCAUUCGUUUCGUGGCUCGAGCUCGGAAACUGAAGCAGGGACAUGGAAAUGAGAGAGCGCGAGAGAGAGAGAGAGAGAGAGAGAGAGAGAGAGCCUCGCUCGUUGCCUGAUCUAAUUAGAGGAAACGCCGCAUGCGAUCUCGGUUCUCUGAUUCUUUUGCGCGUUCCGAUUGUGACUUCGCUGAGUUCAUCUGUGUCGUCGCAGUGGCCGAGUUCUUGGGCUGCGUCCCCUUGCUGCAGAAGCUGUCGACUUCGUCUCUCCGGAAAAUCGCCGAUGCCGUGACGUUCCAGCACUUUGAUAAAGGAGCCUACGUUGUUCACGAAGGAGAUGUUGGGAAAGGAGUGUACUUUAUCUGGGAGGGCGAGGCUGAAGUCUCUGGACCGGUUGACUCAGAGGACCCUGAUUUCCACUUGAGUAAAUAUGAUUAUUUUGGCCACGGUACAGCAAUAUCGGUUCACGCUGCUAAUAUAAUUGCUUUGUCAAAGCUUACCUGCUUAGUGCUACCACAUGAGCACUGCCAUUUGCUACAGCCCAAGUCAAUAUGGAGUUCAGAUGAAACUAAUGAGACGUGCAGUCUUGUUGAGCGUAUAUUACACCUGGAACCCAUAGAAGUUAACAUAUUUCAAGGGAUCACUUUGCCGGAGGCACCGAGAUUUGGGAAAGUCUUUGGCGGGCAGUUGAUUGCACAGGCUGCAGCUGCAGCUUCGAAAACUGUUGACUGUCUUAAGGUUAUCCACAGUUUGCAUGUUUAUUUUCUUCUGGUUGGGGACCUUAUUAUGCCAAUUAUAUACCAAGUUCACCGACUACGCGAUGGUAAAAAUUUUGCAACCCGCAAAGUAGAUGCAAUCCAAACAGGGACAGUCAUCUUCACGUUGAUUGCUUCAUUUCAGGCAGAAGAAGAAGGAUUUGAACAUCAGGUCAUAAUGAUGCCAUCAGUUCCUGCUCCAGAGACGCUUCUGUCAAUUGAAGAUCUACGAGGAAGGCGUCUUAUUGAUCCUCGCCUACCCAGGGGUUACCGAAACAAAGUGGCUACGACAAAGUUUAUUCCAUGGCCUAUAGAGAUACGAUUUUGUGAGCCUAGCAACGCCACCAAUCAGACUGAAACCCCUCCGAGUUUGAGGUACUGGUUCAAAGCAAAAGGGAAGCUCUCAGAGGACCAGGCAUUGCAUAGGUGUGUGGUGGCAUUCGCUUCAGAUCUAAUAUUUUUGGGGACUAGCUUGAAUCCUCAUCGUAGAAAGGGUCUGAAGACAUAUUCUGUUAGUCUUGACCACGCGAUGUGGUUCCACCGAAAUUUAAGAGCUGAUGACUGGAUUUUAUUUGAGAUUUUAAGUCCUAUCGCCCACAAUGCCCGUGGCCUUGUGUCUGGUCGAAUGUUUAGUAGGAACGGGGAGCUACUCGUGACGCUCAUACAGGAGGGCUUAAUUAGGAAGGCUAAACCAUCGGGUUCUCUUCCUGCAUCGAAGCUCUGAUGUCGAAGCAAGGCAUUGCCUAAAUACCCCAAUUCCUCUUGUUUGGUUCUCUAGAGUUUCAAAUAUCGCUUUCUAUUCCAUAGUUGCCAUUCUUCGGAGUGUCGGCAGAAAUAGCUUUCUACAUGAUGCACGAGGACCAUGGGUUUGGCCUUCCUACAAACCGCAUCACGGGCGGCGAACCUUUUCUUGCAACGGAAGUUACUGUCGGUGGCCACCAAUCUCUGGGCAUCACUUGAGUUUUGCUUAGUUGUAAAUCUUGAAUAUGUUGGACCUUGAAUACGUCCGACUGAACUCAAAGGGUAUGCCCCAGCCCAUGUACUUGUGAUUUAACACUUUGCAUUUGGCCAGAAGCGAAUCUUAUGAGGGAAAGGGAAUAGACUUUAUAGGAUUUUUAAGUGUGAGUAAGCUCUCUGAGACACAUAUAACGGUAUACUUGCAACACUCAUAGCCUUAUGUUGGUCA